AUGGACAAAAUCGAGGGACCAAUCAAGAAGUGCGUGAUCGCGUGCACAGCAGUUGCAAAAUGCAUGCUGACGGGGAUCAGGGACUUCAUGUUGGGCUUCGUCUUCCUGGCGCUGGGGCUCGGCUUCUACCUGUGCAAGCAGAGACCAGGAUCAAUACUCCCCGGGCGCCAGGGCGAGUCCCUCAGGGCUGUGGGGCCCUGCUGCCGGCUCACCCCGUGCCAGCCCAGCGCCAGCGCUCAGCGGGGCUUUGGCUUCCCGUGCCCUUUCCCGUGUCCCCAGCCCAGCGUCACCACCCCCAUAUCCCCAGCGUCUUCCCCGCUCCGAGCUCCGCCGCUCUUGAGCGCGGCCGCCGGCCCCGAGCCGCCGGUGUCCGCUUCAAAAGAGCCAACAUGUGGGGAUGGCCGGCCCGGGGCGGCUGAGCGGCGCUCGGGGGCCGUUCCUGGCCCCGGGCCGAGCGCUGACGGCCGCGUCUCGCCGGCACGGAAGGCGCAGCAGGGCCUGAAGGAGCGCUACCGGCUGGGUUCGCUGCUGGGGCGCGGCGGCUUCGGCAGCGUCUUGGCGGCGACGCGGCUCUCGGACGGCGCCCCGGUGGCCAUCAAACGGGUGCCACGGAACCGCAUCCACCAUUGGGGCCGGCUGCCCGACGGCACCCGAGCACCACUGGAGAUCGUGCUGCUGCACAAGGUGUCCGCUGGCUUCCCCGGCAUCGUCCAGCUCCACGAGUGGCUGGAGCUCCCCAGCAACGUGGUGAUGGUGCUGGAGCGCCCGGAGCGGUCUCAGGACCUCCUUCACUUCAUUCGGGCACGGCGCUUCCUGUGCGAGGAGGUGGCGCGGCACCUGUUCCGCCAGGUGCUGGAGGCCGUGCGGCACUGCACCAGCUGCGGGGUCCUGCACCGGGACAUCAAACCGGAGAACAUCCUGCUUGACCUGGCCACCGGGCAGGCCAAACUCAUCGACUUUGGCUGUGGCACCUACCUGCAAGCCGCAGCCUACACCAGCUUUGCAGGAACACCGUCCUACAGGCCCCCAGAAUGGAUCCAGUUCGGCUGGUACUACGGCAAGGCAGCGACCGUCUGGUCCCUGGGCAUCGUGCUGCACCAGAUGGUCUGCGAGGAGCAUCCUUUCAGGAGGGGCUGGAACAGCACCUGGGGCCGGCUCUCGCUCCCACGACGGCUCUCUCCAGAGUGCCAGGAUCUCAUCCAACGGUGUUUAUCCGUGCUCUCCUCAGAAAGGCCCUCAUUAGAAGACCUGUCCUGUGAUCCUUGGAUGCAGGACAUUCACGUGCCGUAGGAGAAGGGAGAGAGCCACACGCACGCUUUGACCCAGGGAGCCGGAAGCGUUCUAGGUGCUGUCUGGUCCGGAUGGCGAAGUGCUUGGGAGCAGCUGCGGCGUGGGUGGGACGUGCCCUUGGAGAAGACUGAGGACAGCGUUUGGGAGCAGCUUUUCUUCUGGCGGCGGGAGGCGUGAGCCCGGCUCUGUGGAUGCUGAGGCUGCUCUGGGCUCCGCCAGGGCUCUGCUGUGGCUCAGCCCCGGGGCCACGAGAAGCCAAAGAAGAAACGCCGUGACCUGCAGCAGAGAUGUGCUUGAGCAGCUCGGCAGUGCAGCUCAAGUUUGCAGAGCGUGCACCUGCAGGGGAAAAUAUGACACCCCCCCAAUAACAAACUUGUUCAGUAACUUCUGAAAUGAAAUCAGUCUGGGAAGACCCCCAAUGACAUUUUUCAGCUUGCUCAAGCUGAAGCUCAGCCCUUCUCUGAACAGUUCUCUCCCCCACCUGCCUUUUGCUCCACAAGUGCUCCCUCUUUCCCCCAGUGAGUUCCCAGCUCACCACAGUCCCCAUUGCGCUGUAGCCUUCCUUGAUGCCCCUGGCCACGAGGAAGAGUGAGCCCCAGGUUCACUCUUUGUGUUCAUUGCUGGCUGAAGAACAGCAAUGUCUCAGAGGUCUGGUGAGAUUUGGGUGUCAUUCCGAGCUGCUCUCCAGGCCUCAGCUCUGCUCACUGCUGGGUUCCCACUCCCUUUUCCUCGUUAUUCACAGAGCAGGAUGGGCUCUGUGAAUGCCCUUGACUCUCGCCACUCUUCCCAGCCCAGCCACCCAGCCCAGUCAGGCUUAAGAUGGAGCUUCUCUGUCUCCUCUGGCACCCCAGUGCAGUCCCCUCUGUGGGGAGCAGCAGCCCCAGAGCGCAGCACACAGCAGUGCAGGCUGCACCUGGAGCAGCUCCCUGCAGCCAUGGCCUGGCUCUUUGUGGCAACCAAAUGCUCCCUGUGUGCAGCUGUCCCUGGAGGAUGGUCCCAGGGCAGAGCCCAGCCGGGCUCCCACUGCAUCCCCUGGAGCCUGGGGCAGACAGCGCUCGCAGAGCUGAGGUUCAUGGUGAGCACCCAGAGCUGUGGCUCGCAGUCGGUGUUUGCAAGCGUUGUGAUCUCAUCUCCUGUGACCUGUGGGGAAAAGGAGCUGUGCAGCCAGGCCAGCGCUGCCCCUCUGGGCAGGGACGAGGCUGAAGGCCUUUCCUGUCGCCGAGGAGGCGGCAUUAAGCCUUAGCGGGGCCUGGCAGCUGUGGAGCCGGAUCUCGCCCGCUGUCCGGGACUCGCUGCCCACCAACCGCCCCCACCCGCCGCGCUCCGUUCUGCAGGGACAGAAGGCUCUGGCUGUGCGAGGGUUUCCAUCACGUCUGUGUACCCGUGGCUCUGCAACGCACACGGAGAGGGAAAGUGUCAGUCACGGUGCUGGCACACUCCUUCCUUUCCAUACAGGACACGUCCCUGCGCACCCCGGCUGCGGAUCUAUUCAAAGGAGAGGCGUGGAUAGAGAUUUCCCACAGAGCUCUGACUCUGGCGGAACUCACCUUGGCAGCCAGCAGCCAGGGGAUUUGUUUCCCAGCUCUGUGUCAGUCGGUGCCCAAGAGCUGCAGGGAGCAGCAUUUAGAAGCAGUUCCCAGAUUUCUAGGCAGGCAGUGGAGCUGACAAGCAUCCGCGUAACUCGCCGUGUUCAUCGGGAGGGGCUGCUGCUUCUUUGGGAAUACGGCACAACGGAGACACGAGACUUGGAAAAAUCCCAGCUCUCUGUGGAUUUGUGCAGGAGGGGGAGCAGCAGAAACACUUGGUGUCUGCUUGUGGGGACACAAGGUCCAAGGAGCGGGGCUGGCAGAGGGUGACCUGGGCUGCUGGCAGCUCAAGUCCCGUGUGUUGCGUCUGCCUGAGGGAAAGUUCACGGGCCUUCCAGGGCUGUGCUUUGCAUUGGUAGCUGGACGGGUGCUGAGAACAGAGCGGUGUUCUGGCUACUGCCCAGCAGCGCUGUCCCUCUGCCAUUCCUUCCCCCAGCAGAGGGGAUGGGAGUGGGCAGGAUCCUGGCAGGGGACACAGCCAGGCCAGCGGACCCAAAUCAGCCAAGGGGAUGUUCCAACCAUAUGACUCCAGCUCAGAUGUAUAAAGCAAAGGGAGAGAGGAGGAAGGGCAGGGGGAGCUUUUGUGAUUCCUCAACGUUUCCCUCCCGGAGAGACCAUUCCGUGUGCUAAAGCCCAGCUUGCUGGGAAGUGUCCGAACAUCGCUGCUAAUGGCAAAUAGAGCUUGGCUUUUUUCCUUAGCCUGCGCACAU